GCCGCCGUUUCGCGCCCGAAACUCCCAUUGACCGCGGGUUCAGCAGCAGCCGCGGCGGCUCCACAGCUUCGGGCUCCCCCGGGUCCACACCUUGCUCUCCAGCCUCACUUACCUCCUCUGGCAGCUUGUUCCAUUUCCCCACGACCUUCCGUGUGGAAAUAUUGCUCCUCAGGUUCCGACUAAAUCUUGCACCUCUCACCACAAACCUGUGUCCUCUAGUUCUCCACUCCACUACUCCGGGUAAAAGACUGUGCAUUCACCCCAUCCAUUCUCUUCUUGUCCCAUGCACUCCAGCCCCCAGCGCUCCAAUUAAUUACUGUCAGCAGUUUCAGCGAAUGCGAAUGCGUUUUGAACCAGGAAGUGGAGGUUGAAAUGGCUGCGAAAGACCCGGUCGAAGGUUUAACAGAGGAGAUAGUUUGUCCCAUCUGCCUGGAUUUCUUCACCGAUCCGGUGUCACUGGAGUGCGGGCACAACUUCUGCCGCUCCUGUAUCACACAGAGUUGGGACAGGGAGGGGAAAAACUCCUGCCUGGAAUGUAGAGAGGAAUUUGCAGACCGCACCCUCAUGGCGAGUCGGGCCUUGGCGAGACUGUCUGAGAAAGCUCGAACACUGAGCCUGGAUCGGGCAGAGAUGGAAAGUAAACUUCAGUGCGAGGAACAUCAGGAAGAACUGAAGCUGUUUUGUGAAACUGACAAGAAGCUGAUCUGUGUGGUUUGUGCAGCCGGGCGGGAACACAAGUCUCACAGCUUCAUGCUGGUGGAUGAAGCUGUUGAAACCUACAAGGAUCAGGUGAAUUCUUCCAUCCAUUCUCUCACAAAAAAUAAAUCAGAGAUCCAGCGAAUGGAGCAGCAACAGAAACAGAAGAUUUCUGGAGUUCUGGAACAGUCACACAACCUUCAAUCCAAGAUCACAUCCCAGUUUGUUAAACUACACCAGGUUCUCACUGAGGAAGAACAUCGCGCACUGGCAGAUAUAUGGGAGGAAGAGAAGAAGAUUCUAAAUAUAAUGGAGAACAAUCUUCGAAAGAUUGGAAAACAAUUAAAAUCCAUUCAGGUGGAUCUCUUAAAGUUGCAGCAACAGAUGGAUCAAAAAGACAGUGUGGUAUUUCUGAAGGAGGAAGCUGGUCCCAAGCAAAGUGUUCGUGAUGAAGCCAAACCACUGUCGGUGGUAGAUGAAGCCUUUCCGAUUGAAAAGUUUUAUUGCCCUCUUUCGUUCAACACGGCAUUCAGAGAAACAUCUGAUGACUUCAAGCACGUCUCCGUCACCCUGGAUGUGGAAACAGCGCAUCCGCAGCUCGAGGUGUCUGAUGAUCGGAAGACAGUGAGACGGUCCGGGAACCGGGGUCUCCCUGACACCGGGAAGAGGUUUACAGUGUAUACGUGUGUGCUGGGAUCUGAGGGAUUCACAUCAGGGAGACUUUACUGGGAGGUGGAGGUAGCAGGGUGUGAGCAGUGGAGUCUGGGAGUCGCUGCAGAGUCUGUGGACAGGAAGGGACCGGUCAAACUGAACUCGGAGAAUGGAGUCUGGAGCAUCAGACGGCGGAAUGACGUGUUUGAUGCAUUCACCUCCCCUCCAUCCCCUUUCCAUGGCCGUCUCUUCCCCAGGAGGGUGGGAGUUUAUCUCAGUUACGAGUCCGGGACAGUUUCAUUUUAUGACGCGGACACCGAGUCCCAUCUCCACACCUUCACUGAGAAUAAAUUUACGGAGAAACUUUAUCCUUUCUUCGAGACUAUGUAUGAACACCGGUUGCUCAGAAUCUGCCCCGGUUCCGCUCCGGGUGUGUAAAAGGGUCAGCGUCAGGAGCGGGGGCUGUGGGGCAGAAACCCGGUGGACAACAGGUCGGCGCUGAACAACUCUCAUUUAAUCCCCAAAUUCUGCGUCGUAAAACCCCAGUGAACGCGGAAAUAAAACCAGGGGGGAUGUAAAUAUGGGAAGAGUGAAAUAAAAAGCAACUGUAAUCAGAAUUGUUGAUCCGUUCAUUUCAACGCGUUAACCAAAGAUCCUAUAGUGAAGAAAGAUAGUCCACUCCUGCUAAAUCCAAUAGGCUGACGUGUAGUACUGCCAUUUCAGUAAUCCCGACCCGACUUUGGUUCUCCCUCUCGCAGUGUAAUCAGCGUAGCGGGGGAACAGUUUAUGUGUGAUAUAGGGUUAGAUUCAUAAUUCAUAAUUCUGUUAAUUUUUGUUAAUGAUUAAUAUGUUAAUACAUUAUAAUUCUGUUCAUUUUCUUUUUUUAAUGUUUUUUAAAAUUUUCUUUUUAAAUGGCUCAUGUGCUGUGUGAGUUGAUUUUUGUAUUAAGCUUGCACUCUGUAAUUAAUCUCAUCACACUGUACAUAACUGUGGUAUUUGGUAAAAUAAUAGCAAUAUGAAUAUUCCAGUUGCUCUACUGUUGGAAUGUUCCUUCACGUUUUUUUGUGUCUAUCAAAUUGUUUUUCAACAAUAAAAUGGGUCUGGUCUUCCCAAUA